AUGAAUAUAACAUACGGACUGUCCACUUAUGGAAAGCCAAUUGUGAUUAAUGAGGGCACCGAUGGCCUACCAGCAUAUCGGCUACUAUUUGUGUUUCUAAUAAUCACCUGGUUCAUUUUCUUAAAAAUCCGCGAAAUACUCAUAUACCGGGCUAUUAGACGACACCACCGUUUGGAUCAACAACAACAGCCUGGCUCUAUCAUACAUACUGUCCACUACGUGGACAAUAUAUGCCGUCCAGUUGACUACUAUGAACCCAAAUACUUGUACCAAAAGUACGUCAUCUCCACAAUGGAAAUAACGUUAUUACGGGCUAACACGGCUACUCGGGUCACUGUCCAAGGCGAUGACGACGAGAUUGAGUCGUUUAAUAUGCAGGUGAAGGGGGCUGUUAGACAGAGAUCCCGUUCCCAAACCCCUACUAAAUAA